CGGUCAAUGUGGUGGGCUUCCUUAUUCCUGUGCCACUGGUGUGCUACUGCAGUUACCACAUCAUUGCAGUACUUGGGAACAAACAGAAGCGGCUUUUCGACGGGUGGAAUCUGGGAAAUACAGCACAAUACCCUUAGGCAGUGAUUUUAUUAUAAGCAGUUAAGGCUUUCCAGAGGUCUAGAGUACAGCUUACUUGCAAGAUGGAUGAAGUGAAGCCUGUAUCUGCGGCAUCAUUCCAACUCCAAAAUACCACAGAUUCUCCUUCACUUUCUAUGACAUUCAACUCAUCAGACUGGUAUCUUGUUUAUGCCAUCGUACCACCAUACAUCUUUAUCCUGUGCUUAACUGGGAUUUUAGGCAAUGCUUUUGUUUUAUUAGUGUUCUUCCUACAGAGGAGCCACUGGACUAUACCUGAGAUUUACCUGGGCAACCUUGCUCUUGCUGACCUUAUCCUGUUGGCUGGUCUGCCAUUCUGGGCCAUGAACAUCCUCAAUUACUUCUACUGGUCUUAUGGAGAGUUUCUAUGUAAGGUGGUCAACCUCUCCAUCAUUGUCAACAUGUACACUAGCAUUUACAUGCUGGUGAUGGUGAACGUGGACCGCUAUCUUGCUCUGGUGCUGACAAUGAAAGCCAGAUGGUUGAGAAGGAGACGUAACGCCAAAGCUGUUUGCUUUUGUCUCUGGGUGUUUGGACUGGCCAUGGGCAUACCCACUGCGACUUACCGGACAGUGCAGAAUUCCCCAGCCUUUGAGCAUGCAGCCUGCAUUAUCAUCUACCCUUUAGAGUCCUUGAAGGUGGCCCACAGCCUCCAGCUGAACCUGCUGGGCUUUGCCCUGCCUCUUCUGGCUAUUGUCUUCUGUAGCUGUAAUAUUGUGCGAGCCUUGCACAAAAGAAGGCAAAAUGUGGACAUACAGGAUAGAAAUGACCGGAAAGCCACGGUGUUGGUUUGUGCCGUGACCCUGCUGUUCCUCCUUUGUUGGGGUCCGUUCCACAUUAUAACCUUCCUGGAUACGCUUUGUGAUCUCCACGUCUUGGACAUGAUGAGGUGGUACCACGCCUUAGACAUCGGAUCCCAGUUUUCCACCUACUUAGCAUUCCUGAACAGCUGCCUUAACCCAUUGCUGUACGUAUGCACAGGCCACUACUUCAGGAGGAAAGUCAGCGAAAUCUAUAAGCGGAGAAGAAGCUCGGUUGGAUCUGUGGUCACUGCCCUGCAGCGCUCAGUUGUGUCAACCUAUGUCCAAAGGACUGAUCAAAUCAAACCAGUCGUACUGUAGGACCAGAGCUAUAGCAUAUGUACAUUACUAUAUAUGGAUAUAAAAUGGAUCCAGAAAGAAAUUUUCCUGGUAGAGAUAAUACAGCUCUAGAAAUAUACACACCAGAGCUCUCUGACACAAAAAUGUUUGUCAUAAUGACUUGUGUGGGUUGGACAAGCAUGUGGAGGGAUAUUUGUGAGCUAUAUAAACAAUUACCCUACUCUGCAGUCCCUGUAGCUUCUAAUAGUCUUGCUGUUUAGCAUCAAGCCUUGAACACUUUGUGCAUUACUGUCAGAGGUACUGUCAUUAUGUAUUACAACAUCAGUGCUACAGAAGUCCUUUUAGGAAAGUUUGUGCACUUUUUUCUCACUUUUUCCUGAUAGUGGCUUUACUAGCAAGCCAACUGAUGUUUUUUUAUUGAAGGGUGGACUUGUUGAGUGUUACAACCUUUGCCAUUUAUUUUUUAACAACUGAAAUGUCUUCCCCUCCUUUAUAAUCUCUCUGAUGAAAUAACAACCUGAGUGAAAUUAGCUACCUUAAAAAAUUAUUUCUUACUUACUUACUAGUGCCUACUUCACUGCAUCAGAAAUAAAGGUAUGAAACUGUGGCAGGUCCCCUCUUGUCACUCGGGUUGCGCCCUCAAGGGUACAUCUCAGUACCUUUAUUCAGGGAACACAGCUGUAAGAUAAUCCACUGAAAUUAUAUUUUCACAACAACAAAGCCGUCCAGCUGCUGAACCCAAAACCAUUAACUAAAUAUAAAAGACUAACAUGGAAGUGGGUAAAAAGAUUCAUUUCUCAUAAAUACACAUGACUACAUGUGAAAGUGUCAUCAGAAAAGCACAGAUCCACCAAAAGGUUCACUAAAGUAAAGCUAUUUUCACCCCAAUAUUAAAUAAAUGUGUUUAUUUUAUCUGUAAAUGUAAAAGAGAAUAUUGUUUUAAAAUAAAAAAAUGAAUUUGGUGAAUAAUGAUUCUGGGUUUACUACCCAGAACUAACACCUCCUUUGUAAAAAGUGUUAUAUGCUCAUAUAUGUAAAGUGUUAAUGUUACAGUUAUUGUUAUAGUUGGCACUACAGUUAAAAUGUGUUACAGUAGCAGUAAUCCAUGGAUGAGGUACAGUUUCAAUAAUGUUUCAGUAAAUAAAGCACCCAAUGCAGUACAGCUGUAACAGAAUUGUGAAAAAGAGAAUGACCAGUGCAGAAAAAGCAGCACUAAAGUGCAGUGCAGAUGAUAAAUAGAUGUACAAUGAUGUGUGAGGAAUGGCUGAAUUAGGUUGUUUUUAAGGGCCUCAUACCUAAAAACCGCAAAGAAAAUGUUUAGUCUCUGCAUCGUCUGUAACAAACGAUCUAAUGCUCCCUCUGCUGGAGCAGCAUAUCCUCGUACCCCUCAAGUUUCACAAAGGGGAGGUCACGUCAGUGUGACAGAGAGCAGCCACAUGCUGACAGACGCUAUUUUUAGCUAAGCUCUGAGGAAGCUACAAAUAGAGGAACAAGGCUGGGGCUAAGCAGGCCUCAGAUACAGACUGUUACCACUGGCACAGGCAUCUGAUUUUCUGUAGAAAACAGUGGAGCAGAGUUCUGACAACAUGCAUUAACAGACCAAUACAGUGUACUUCUGCUUGAGGUACUGAUUACUAACAGCUUUCACAUUUAUGAUAUUCACAAUAAAAAUCACAAUGUAAGGUAAACAUUGGCUAGUUGACUAUUACAAAAUUAUGUUUUGUUGAUUUUCAAACUGAAAAUUAGAGGAAGUACACAUCCUUUGUAAAGAAUAAACUAAAAUCUAGCACUUUCGGUGAAUUUUAGUGCACAAUUUCUAUUAUUUUAUUUUUAUUUAUUUUUUAUUUUCAUUUAGUUUUUUUCUGAUUUUAACAUAUUGGAAAAACAUGAAAUGCAACUUUUAAAAUGUGCCAUUUUCCAUUAUAAAAUGUACCGUUUGCAGGGGCAACUGUGUUUUUUCCCCCAGUAUGUUAAAUUCAAACA